AAGAAAAUAUAUAUAAAAAUAAUUUAUAGUGGGUGCAAAACUGCAUGACUUGUUGUCUGUGUGUGUGCGUCUGUGUGUGUGUGUGUGUGUGCAACGUGCCGUUGCUAUUGUUACAGUACCUUAAGCUGAAGUACUAACGUUCAAAGUGCCGCGCAUACUUGCAUUGUUUUGACUUGAGUCGUGUGUGUGUGUGUGUGAGUGCGCUGCUCUCUUCCUGCUCCCCUCGCUAUCGUCGCCUCGCCAGGCUUGUAAGCGCGUGCGUGUCGUAACUUUUGAUUAGCUUUAGCAACAAUUUGAACGUGAGCGUCUUCAGUCGAACAGGAGCGCAGCCUUUGGAACAUUGCGCUUACAAUUUAUUUGUUUGCGCAACUUAUGAACGCCUACAACGCUUAAGAAAUAUUGCAGUGUUACAAAUUGCAAAAAUCAAAAAAAAGGAAAGCUCGAACGCAAAUUGUAAAAAAUGCUGUGUCAAUAAUUUCAAGCGUAGCUCAAAGUAAAAACUUUCCAACAACAGCAAAAAUUACAAAGCGCAUUUUAUAUAAAUUGUAAACAAAAAGGAAAUAGACAACAGCAUUAUGUCCAUCAAUAGCAGACUGCAGGGCGCGGCCGCGUUGCUGUGUCUUGUCUGCUGCUUGCUGCAGCUGCAACUUGGCGCCAAGGCACAUGUGGCACUUACCUAUCCACCUGCGCGACUCUACGAUUUGGAUUUUUUGGAUAAUGCGCGCACCAAAGCGCCCUGCGGCAUGCCCCGAGGCUCUAUACGCACUUCGCUGCUCUCUGGUUCCGUCUUCAAUGUUACCUGGCAUUUGGCCUUUGCGCAUAAGGGCGGGCAUCGCUUGCAAUUGUUGGAUGCAUUAGACAGACCUGUGCUGGAUCUAACGCCGCAUGUUAAUAACUCCGCCUAUGUAUCCACCGAUAUGUUCGCUCAAUCCUACCCAGUGAAGAUACCCGAAGCCUUUGAAUGCUUCAACUGCACGUUGCGCUUACUGCGUCAAGCUGACGAAUUCAAUGGCAAUUAUAACUUUUGGUCCUGCGCCGAUGUGGACAUUAAGCCGCGCAAGGACUUCAGGGAACUCUGCUCUGGACAUGGCAAACACUUUGCCUCGCGCUGCAAAUGCGAUAAGAACUACUAUGGACCCACCUGUCAGUACAAGGAUGAGUGCACCAGCAACGCUGACUGCGGAGCUCAGGGCAAGUGCAUUGAUAUAGCUGGAAGCUCGUUGCCGCGUCGUCAAUGCUUCUGCAACUUUGGUUGGCAUGGCUUGGGCUGCCAGCAACGUUCGCCUUACAAAUCCACCAGCUUGGAUCUCACUUCGUACACAAAGAAGGAACUCUCAGCUGACUAUCACAUGUACUGGCGUUUGCUGGAGGAACAAAAGGAAAUUGAAGUGGUACUCAAAGUAAACAGCACCUCUUGGGUGGCGCUUGGCUGGCGUCCACGUGGCAUGACACCAGAGUGCAAGAACUUCCCAUUGCUGCGCGACAUGGGAGAUUUGACUACAACGCUGGAGAGUUCCAAGCCAGAGCCGUCAGCUGAACCUGAGCCAAAGAGUGAGCCUGAGCCUAAGAGUGAGCCUGAGCCUAAGAGUGAGCCUGAGCCCAAGAGCGAGCCAGAGCCCAAGAGCGAACCUGAGCCUAAGAGCGAACCAGAGCCUACGAGCGAGCCUGAGCCCAAGAGCGAGCCUGAGCCUAAAAGCGAGCCAGAGCCUACAAGCGAGCCUGAGCCUAAGAGCGAGCCCGAACCUACAUCGGAACCCACUGCCAGCGCCGAGCCUAGCGCCAAAACCAAACGUGUUGCCAAUCAUGAGGAUCUUGGUCACAUUGAUGGUGUCACCUCGGUAGCCACAAGUGUUUCCUAUCGCGUCAGCACCAAAACUGGACGCAAUCGUCGUCAAGCCACGGAGCCUAAUAGCACAGCGGAACCCAAGAGCGAGCCGGAACCAACAAGUGAGCCAGCAAGUACUCCGGAGCCCAAGAGCGAACCAGAGCCCAAAAGCGAGCCUGAGCCGAAAAGUGAGCCAGAACCGACAAGUGCUCCGGAGCCAAAGAGCGAACCGGAACCGAAGAGCGAGCCUGAGCCAAAGAGUGAUCCCGAGCCAAAGAGCGAGCCGGAGCCGAAGAGCGAGCCUGAGCCGAAGAGCGAGCCCGAGCCGAAGAGCGAGCCUGAACCGAAGAGCGAGCCCGAACCGAAGAGCGAACCCGAGCCGAAGAGCGAGCCCGAACCGAAAAGCGAGCCAGAACCGAAGAGCGAACCCGAGCCGAAAAGCGAGCCUGAACCAAAGAGCGAACCCGAGCCGAAGAGUGAGCCCGAACCUAAGGCCGCACAUGCACCCAAAAAAUCAGCAAAUCUUGUGUCCGCAGAACCCAAGUAUAAGCUUAAUCCGUAUACUCCACGUUACGAUUUCAAUGGCAUGGACUGCACGGAUGUUAUUAUUGGGCAAGCUCGUGGUAUGGCCAGUCGCGUUGGGGAUUACUACUCACGUGAUCGUUCAACACCGCGCAAGGAUGAGCUCUAUGGCGGUAAAAACGAUUUGGCUUUGGGCACAGGUUUCGAAGAGGAUGGUGUAACUACCAUUAUAUUCCGCAAGAAAUUGGUGGCCACCGAGCCCACUGAUCAUACCUUGGAUGAUGGACUUACGCAUGUUAUUUGGGCCAAGGGACAGCCGGCAGGCGCUAAUCCUGACAAGGACUUUUAUAAGCAGGACGAGAUCAAGUAUCAUGCUGGCCAAAUGCAACGCGGAGUUGCGCAAAUCAAUUUCUUCGAGAAGGAGAAACCCAGCAAUAACACUGAUCGCAACGAUCUUAGCACCAAUGUGCUGGACAAUGACUGCUAUGGACACUGGAAAUAUCCCUCAAACUGCUCGCCAAAGGAUCACACUUGCGAGUACUAUGCUGCCUGGGAGACUGUUGGACGCGGCGAUGAGAUGCGCUGGCAUAUUGAGACAACAAACACACAGACCUGGACAGGCAUUGGAUUCAGCGAUGAUGAGCGCAUGUCACAGACAGAUGCCAUUAUUGGUUGGGUGGAUGGGCGUAGUGGUCGCCCAUUCCUGAUGGACACCUGGGUGUUGGGCUAUGCACCGCCCAAGCUAGAUGAUCGCCAGGAUAUCUACAAUGCAUCCGGACGCAUUGAGAAAGGUGUUACCAUACUGGAGUUUAAUCGCAAGCGUGUGAGCAACGAUGAACAGGAUCUAUCCUUUACGGAUGAUCAUUGUCUCUAUCUAUUCUUCCCUGUAUUGGGUGGUGCUUUCAAUGUGGUCAAUAAGAAAAUACGCAAGCACGAGCAAGUGCCACCAAUUUCACCACAACGUGUAUGCAUCAAGUCCUGCGGCAAAGAGCUUGAGGCUGUGUUUGUAGGCACCAGCACUCCAGCGCCAAGUCGAUUGGUCUACGCUGUGGGUGUUAAACUCAUGAAUCUGGCUGAAUCCUUUGAAGCACCCAAACCGGGCACAGUGGACUUUAAUAAUCUAGCUGCUACAAUUUCUGAUUCUUUCAAUGGCAUUCUGAGCCCCAUUCCUGGUUAUUACAAAACUGAAAUCUUAGGCUUUGAAAAGCAAGGCACCAGCAUGGUAGCCAAGGUGCAGGCCAUGUUUGAUAAAUCUGACGUGGAGAAAUUGCAUGCGCUGGACACAAAUGAAAUAGAGAAGAGCAGCGAUGUUGCUAUUCAAAAGAAUGCUGAGGUUAUCAAGGCUGCAUUAAAGGAACAGUUGGCAACUGGAAAGGUUGGUUCACUUAUAGUGGAUCCACAAUAUCUAGACUUUGAGGCAUUGGAAUACAAGACCGCUACGGAGAGCAGCGCCAAGGACACUUUGCUUUCAUUUUUUGAUCUAUCCGAGACACGUUUGUAUAUUGUCUUAGGUCUCAUCGCAGCUUUAGUGCUCAUAGCCUUAAUACAAGCGUGCUGCACUAUUAUGAAAACUUCACGCAAAAAUAAAAAUACCAAGGAGAAACUUAUACAAAACUCACCUUGGAAGGAGUUUGCAUCGAAUACCAAUUACGCAUUUGAUCCGUAUGGCGAAACCGAAGAGAAGCAUAUGACCGCCAGCACAACUGCGAAGGAGAAGGCUCGUCACCGCUCUAAUACCAGCAGCCAACAAACUACGCUGCCAAUGUCGCACUCGCCCACCAGCAAAUCCCAGAUGUACUAUGAGAGCAGUCAUGCCAAUGGGCAUGGCAAGAGCAGCAAUGGCAAUUCCAAUGGCAAUAGUCGCUCAAAUGCACGUCACAACAUGCAGGAGAGUAAUGUUGGUGCUAACUCUGGCGCUUACUCUCGCGGCAGCAGCUAUGCGGAGCGCGCUUACUCCUUGCCGCGGCAAAAUCAUCAGUACCAACAACAAAGCUCGGCGAAUAUGCAGCCAUCAGGUUAUUACACACACGAUCGUCGAGCUGCCGCACGACAGGACAGAGAACGAGAGCGCGAACCGGAGCGCGAGCGCGAGCGACGACCACGACAUGAGCGCGAAUCAAGUUACGAACGAACGGACCCGCGCCUUAACGGAGGCUCCGACACCCCCGACUUUUAUUUCAUGCCAUCACAGCGCAAAUACUCUGGCGAGGUUGUGCGCGUUUAUGUUGAUUACAACAAGGAUCCAAAACACUAAACAAACACAACAAAAAACACUGCACAAAUAUUCACAGCACUAAAAAGCAAAACAAAAAUUCACUUAGCACAACCGUUUUCAAUACGCACAAGAAAAUAAUGGCGGCACGAUAACGAUAGAGCCACGCUCACAAUUCGAUAGCUCCCAGCGUGAACUUAUCGUCGAACACCAUUGUAGCGGUUUAUUUAAAACUCAUUUCAAAAAAAAUUUCUUUUCCUCCGUUGCGCUCUUGCUUUCUCAAUUUCGAUUGCCAUAAAGCACACAUACACACACAUACACAAACACGUACACAUGCUAUACACAUAGAGAAAACUGUUUGCAGUUACAGCACAACAACAACAAUUUAGUAAAUUGUAUAUAUUUUCCGUAGCGUUUAAGCCGUCAGGACUUUUGCAAUGUUUUCUCUUCUUAAUGUGCAAAGAAAUAUAGUCACUGUAUUUAAUCAAAUUAAAUAUAAAUAUUAUAUAUACUUGUAUGUAUAAAUGUUAUCACAACUGUUGCAUGCUACGAAGACACAAUACUCGUACAAAAUGUUUAAUAUUACAUUAAUUAAGUACAUAUUAAUAAAG